AUGUGGGGAGCUCUAUCAAAACAGGCCACGAUAAACAAACACAUGGCAAUAAUUGGAUCCAGCGCCAAGUUCAAGAAAACCGAGAAAAGUAACACAUUCUGCAUCCUCUUGGCCCUUUUGGCCAGCUUUUCGAUGGGACGUGCCGAUGUGUCUCACUUGUUUGGUGGUGGCAAUCAUCAACACCACCACGAGUCGCAUCACGAUUCGCAUCACAACCACUACGAUUCGCACCACGAUUCGCACCAUCACGAUGCGCAUCAUCACGACUCGCACCACCAUGAUUUGCAUCAGUCGCACCACCAGGACGCACACGCUCACUCGCAUGACGCCCAUCGCAAUCAUCAGGGCUUCCACAUCGAUCUGCACCUUGAUGCGCUGCGUCAACAUCAGCCCAAUGGCUACAACUAUGCUGCACCACCCCCACCACCGCCACCACAGCCCAAGCCCGAGUACUUGCCACCAGUGAAGCCAAGCAACACGUAUCUGCCAGCUGCCAAGCCAGAAAGCAAGUAUUUGCCACCUAAGGUGGCACCUACCUUGCCACCACCGCCACCACCCCCCCCAGUGAAGACCCCCAAGACGGAGUACUUGCCACCACAGAAGCCACGCACCAAGUACCUGCCCCCAGCUCAACCUGAGACCAAGUACUUGCCGCCCGCUCAGCCAGAAAAGACUUAUCUGCCAGCUGCCAAGCCAGAGACCAAGUAUUUGCCACCCAAGAUUCCAGCCAGCCUGCCACCACCACCACCACCCCCACCAGUCGCACCCAAGGCCGAAUAUUUGCCUCCUUCAGAGCCCAAGGAAACCUAUUUGCCUCCCACACCACCAAAGUCGAACUAUUUGCCACCCACACCACCAAAGCCCACUUAUCUGCCACCUGCACCACCCAAGUCGAACUACUUGCCACCCCCAUCACAGCCGGAAUCGCAGUACCUGCCACCUGCACACUCUGAGCCACGCCUGGCCCAGUCAGAGCCCAGCUUUCAUAUACCCAUACCCAACUAUGCUCUACCCCUGAGCCAAUCCUCCGCGUUGCCUGGCCCAGCUGGUCGUGACAAUUCUGGCUAUAGCUACAACCAACCACUGCGCAGCUUCAAGUUUUGA